AUGGGGACUCCAUGUUCUUUCGGAGGGCUGUCGCUUCCGCCCUCCGAUUUUUUCUUGGAGGUGCGGGAGAAGUAUGGGUUGCAGGCGCACAACAUCUUCCACAACGCCUACACCAUCCUUUCUAACUUUGAGAAAGGAAUCUUUCUGCCAAUGUCCACGCACGAAUCCAUCUGGUACUGGAAUGCCAGAUGGUUCUACAUCAAGGACGUGAAAGCUUCGGGUGGUACCAAUGGUCUCCUAGCGUUUGUCAACAACACCCCCAUAGAGAGGGAAAGUUGGUUUGAGAUCCAGGAUCUCACCCAAUUUCCCAAUCUUGACCACAUGGCCAGGAGAAUACCUAAGCCGACGCAACGGAAGCUCUCCGACAAUGACCUUACACUGAGGUGGUUCACGCGUCGGAUCCAGCUCCUCCACUAUUGUGCCGACUUCUUCAAGCCGGAUGACAACACCAUGGAAUCGUCAGCAGAGUUCGCUAAGCCGGUUUACCUUGUGGCGGUCCUCGCGGACGAACAAUCGGCCUACUCUAUUCUCAAGAUCGACGCCGGCGGCGGCGACGGCGAGCCGCCUCGCGCCCGCGUCGUUGCUAGGCUUCCUGGCGAGGAGCGCGGCAUGUCUUUCGUUGCCGCGCAUUCGAAGCACGGCUCCUGGAUCGUCGGCGUCGGUGGCGGUCCAAGUGCGGCCACCGUCAUCUUUGAGCCGAGCACAUUGAAGACGUUCAAGGGCCAUCGGCUCAGGUACCCCAAGCACGAACCCGUCCUGAUCUCCCACGGCGGCGAGGUGUACGCCAUCUCACGCCGCCCCCGGGUGGUGCCCCGCAUCGACAACGAGCCAUGGUUCGAAUCCCUCAGCUUCAACGAGGGUGUCCCCUCCGGGGACCGCGGCGUUUUGCCCUGGACUAUGCUGCCACCACCACCCUUCUUCCCUGCCAGGUUGAACCCUCAUCAGUUUCGCAAUCCACCCGAAAUUACAGUCACAUCCUAUGCGGCCAUGGGCUCCUACGUCUUGCUUUCCCCGCAGCAAGAACUGACGGUGGGCGCUUACGCCUUCCAUGUGGUGAACAAAACAUGGGAGAAGGUCCACAACAAGAACCUGCCUUUCGUUGGCCAGGCAGUGCCCCUUGGUGGUGGUGCCGGUGACCUCUUCGCCGCCUGCCCCGUAUCCAAGAACGGCGUCGCCGCCUCUGCCUCUGUGUUCCGCAUGUCCAUCGACCUCUCCUCCUCCAGCACUCCCUCGCUGUCGAUCCAAGAGUUCCCGGUGGCAACAUCAGAGGGCAAGAUUCCAUGGCCGCUUUUCUGCCCUCUGGGAGAGGGCAGCUUCUGUUCCAUCAGAUUAGGAUCUGUCUGUCCAAGCCGUCGCAAAGCCAACUGCCUGAAGAAGGUUCAGGUUAUCUUGACCACCUUUCAGAUGGAGAACUUUGAGGCUAUCUUUAUGGCCCGCCAGUCCCAGGGUGUGAAGGCUAAGGAUCUGCCAGAUGCAGCACGAGUGCAGGAACAGGGUCAUACUUGCAAAUUUAAGGGCCGAAAACGUUUGUUGGAAUGUGACAUGCCUCUUGUUGCUGCCCUGUCCAUGAUCACGGAAAAUAUUGAGCUGUUUGAGGAAGACGCGACCAACACAAUAGCAAGUCAUCCUACGGAAAGCUCCAUCUUCGAAGCACCACGCGUCAUCGUCGCCCGGAGCAGCGCGCCGCCGUCGGCCAGGAGCAGCGCGCGGACGCCGGCCAACACAAAGCGAUUGGAUGUGAAUUUCUUUGUAUUCAUUUCACCCCGCCCCCGGGUGGUGCCCCACAUCGACAACGAGCCAUGGUUCGAAUCCCUCAGCUCCAAUGAGGGUGUCCCCUCCCGGGACCGUGGCGAUUUGCCCUGGACUAUGCUGCCACCACCACCCUUGUUCCCUGCCAGGUUGAACCCUCAUGACUUCCGCAACCCACCCAAAAUUACAGUCACAUCCUACGCGGCCAUGGGCUCCUACGUCUUGCUUUCCCCGCAGCAAGAACUGAUGGUGGGCGCUUACGCUUUCCAUGUGGUGAACAAAACAUGGGAGAAGGUCCACAACAAGAACCUGCCUUUUGUUGGCCAGGCAGUGCCCCUUGGUGGCGGUGGCCUCUUCGCCGCCUGCCCCAUAUCCAAGAACGGCGUUGCUGCCUCUGCCUCCGUGUUCCGCAUGUCCAUGGAUCUCUCCUCCUCUAGCACUCCCUUAAACUACAACUGUCAAUUAUAUUUCUGUCGCUGCUACUAA